CUCUCUCUCUCUCUGAAUGUCAGGUGAAACGUGGCACAAAGCGUUUUCUUUCUCUCUCUACAGUUCACUUUCUCUGUCCAAACCAAACCUUCUCUCUCGGUACGAGCUCGACUCGCCGCAUGUCCGCCUCAAAGCCACGGUCAGGGAGAUCCACCUCUCUCCGAGAGGCCGACGACAAUCGACUCACCGAGUCCGAAAAAAUCGAGGGCGCUGGUAGUUGGGACGCCAUCGAAUGGACCAAGAUCGAGCCCAUUUCGAGGUCUGUUCCUGAAGCGGUGUUGCAGUUUUUGAUUGAUGCCGAACAGGUCGUUGUAGAGGGAUAUGGUGUUGUUCUUGUUAAUAUUGAUGAAGCAGGUACCUUGUUUGUGACAAAUUAUCGUCUUCUUUUUCUGAGUGAGGGAUCCAGAAAUAUUAUUGCUGUUGGCACUAUUCCGCUAGCUGCAAUUGAGAAGUUCAACAAAAUUGCUAUGAAGCUUCCAUCAGCACCUCGGCAGUCUGACAGGACUCCAUCACGGCGACUUCUCCAGGUCAUAGGAAAGGAUAUGAGAAUUAUCGUCUUUGGCUUUCGUCCUCGAACAAAACAGAGACGAGCUAUAUUUGAUGCAUUGGUGAGAUGUACAAAGCCAGCGAGACUCUGGGAUCUCUAUGCUUUUACUGCUUACCCUUCCAGAUUCAGUAACAACAACACCAACCCUAAGGUGCGGCUACUAAAUGAGUACUUUCGGCUUCUUGGAAUGGGUUCGUAUCAAGCAUCAACUAGCACUAUUGAAGAUGGGUCAUUCACAUUGUCUAAUGAGUGGUGGAGAAUUAGCGGUGUGAAUUCCAACUACACAAUGUGCCCAACUUAUCCAUUUGCCUUGAUUGUUCCAAAAAGCAUUCGUGAUGAAGAAGUGCUCCAGGCUUCCACGUUUCGUGCACGAUGUCGGUUGCCCAUAAUUUCAUGGUGUCAUCCAGGUAACGGAGCUGUUCUUGCACGGUCAUCUCAACCAUUAGUUGGUCUCAUGAUGAAUAUGAGGAGCAAUACUGAUGAAAAACUAGUUGCUGCACUUUGCACUCACCUUGCCGGUGCAAAGCAGACAAGAAGGAAGCUAUAUAUUGCGGAUGCAAGACCUCGGAAAAAUGCCUUGGCAAAUGGGGCAAUGGGAGGUGGUUCAGAGUCAUCUUCUAAUUAUUUUCAAUCUGAGAUAGUUUUCUUUGGGAUAGACAAUAUACAUGCAAUGAGGGAUAGUCUUUCUCGGCUUAGAGAUUACUUAGAUACUCAUGGUGCAACUUCAUCAGAUGGAAUGUCAUCAUUUUUGAGACAUGGUGGAUGGACUUGGGGUGGAGGUAAUCUCAGCAGUAUGUCUGCUUCUGUGUCUACCCUGGGAGACAGUGGUUGGUUAAUACAUAUUCAGAAUAUCUUGGCUGGUUCUGCUUGGAUUGCAGCACGUGUUGAUUUGGAAUCAGCAUCUGUGCUUGUUCAUUGCAGAUUGUUUUGUAGUGAUGGAUGGGACAGAACAACUCAGUUGGUCUCCCUUGCUAAUUUGUUGCUAGAUCCAUAUUACCGGACUUUCAAGGGGUUUCAGGCACUAGUGGAAAAAGAUUGGCUUGCAUGUGGCCAUCCAUUUGCAGAUCGCGUGGGAAUGCCAAGUAUAUCCGGAAAUGGUAACAUGCCUUAUGAAUUAUCUAGGCAGUCUUCGACUGGUGGGAGUUUCCCGUCAUCACCCAUGCGUCAAGCAUCAGGAUCACUUACAUCUCAAGCUCAUAGUUCUUCUCAUGCGCAAAAUUCAAACAAUUACUCUCCCAUAUUUUUGCAGUGGGUUGAUUGUGUUUCACAGCUUCUACGGAUGUAUCCUUUUGCAUUUGAAUUCUCCUCGGCUUUUCUUGUAGAUUUCUUGGACUGUGUGAUUUCUUGUCGCUUUGGUAACUUCUUGUGCAACAGUGAGAAGGAAAGACAGCAAUCUGGCAUCUACGACAGCUGUGGAUGCUUAUGGGUGUAUUUGGCUGAUUUGCGGGCUUCAGAGGGAAAUUCUCAUGUGCACUAUAACCUCUUUUAUGAUUCAUCAAAACAUGAGGGACCACUGUUACCACCUGCAGCAGCUUUAGCGCCAACUCUAUGGCCCCAAUUCCAUCUUCGGUGGGCUUGUCCUUUUGAAGCUCAAUCAGGGGAAGUUGAAGCUCAAUGUAGGAGCAUGACUAAAAAAUUCUCUGAACUGCAGAAGGCAAAAGAGGUGGCCGAAAGGAAAGCUAGAGACAUCGCUUCUACCAUGGAGUCCUUGACUUCCGCGUUGCAGAACGAGAAACAAAUCAGCAUUUCAGCGAUGAAUUUGGCCACGAGGGCCAACAAGGAAAGUGCAGCCAUAAAGCGAGCGAUACAGUCACUGGGGUGCAAGGUUCACUUCUCUGGCAGUGGCGAUUGUACUGUUGACAUUGAGAACGACCCAACAGAGAUGCCAAAGAAAUUCAUGCAGUCUCCUUCAAAAAGAGAACCAGACGGAACAAUGCAGAACGAUGAUAAGUCAGAUCUCUCCGUGUCCAUUACUGUUGUGGCAGAUGAUGCCAAUACCAACAAUCCAAUAACUCGGGUUUGUGAGUCUUUAUGUCCAUUACGGACCCGAGACGGAGGUUGCAGGUGGCCUGAUGCUGGUUGUGCUCAAUUGGGAAGUCAGUUUGUUGGACUCAAGGCAAACUUUGAUGCAUUUGAUCGUCUUUCAAUCUAUGAAAGUUAUUUUUGCCCAGAAUGAAAAAUUCUAGAUUUUGACUAUAAUAUCCGACUGUGGGUCUUUCCAAAGGGAGAGUAUCAGAAGGAGUUUUGUAGGUAAAACUUUGUUGGAAUAGAGAGAGAGAGAGAGAGAGAGAGAGAGAGAGAGAGAUUGAAGGGGUAAAUUAGCAGACAGAUAAUAGGAAAUAUUCGGAUCACAGUGCAGGAAAACAGACCUGGCAUUUGACAAUGGGUCUUGGAACUGACUGUAUAUGUACAAAGAGAAUAUUAGGGUUAGCUCUGAACCAUUCAGUUUUUGGACAAUCCUGAGAGGAACCUACACAGGGGAAGCUUAAAAUAAUGUGUGCGCAAGAGCUGAUUGGUUUCUAGGCAGUCCGAGUUUUUUCUUUAUACAUUUUUUUGUUUUUUGGUUUCUCUCUUUUGCUGUCAUUUCUGUGAUAUAUACAUACUUUGGCACAUUGCUGGUUCUUCUUCGGACUAAGAUUAGCUUUGUGUACAGAUAGAUUAUUUACUAGUAGUUAAUAACUGUUGCAGUUUCAACCAGAAUCCAUGUAAAACUGUAAACUGUGUACAAGGAUAUGCUGUCAAAUAAAGUUUCGUAUUGGAGUGGGAGUAGAUCCUAUGUAUUGAGUUACUA